AUGGCCACAUCGAGCUUUGACAACCUACAGGUCGUGCCCUCGCUCUCGCGGGCGUGCAGCCGUUGCCAUGCUCGCAAGGUCAAGUGCGACCUUAGGGUGCCCCGGUGCACGGCCUGCGAGAAACAGAAUGACGAGUGCAACAUCACCGAGUGCGUCGCCUACUCGCACAGCACAGUACAAACCCUCCUUGACGAGCUGCAUCGGCUCCGGGGCCGCCUCGAUGUGGCCGAAAGCCGGGGCCCGCGAGAACAAUCCAUGACCGAGCAGCAGGUUCGCUCAGAGGCAGAGGAGCUGGGUGUGCUUGCUGUCGGUGGCCCCAGGCGUCAUGAUAUGCGUGCCUCUUAUGUUGGAAGUGCAACGGGCACAACGUUUGCUCGCAUCUUCUUCAAGCAGCUCGGCCUGUCCCCCUUACCACGCUCGGGUGACUUUGAUGCGGCUUUCGAGCACAACGUCACUUGUCAAUACGCAUCUCUGCCGCCGGAGAAGAUCGCCAUCCAUCUCAUGCGCACCUUCAUCGCACAAGUCCACACCUUCUGGCCAGUGCUGCAGCUGCCAUCGUUAAGAAAAGUGUUCAAGGCUAUUUACCAUAGUCCCUCUAGAUCCAGCACCCGUGACAAGUUCAAGGUCUUCAUGGUGAUGGCUCUGGCGUCAGCGUUGUGUGCUGACGACAAGGCGUACCAGUCAAUGGCCGAUCUCAACAGCUCUUCCGCAUACUUUCAGACUGCCGUGAGACUGUUCUCAAGUAUCGCGGAUGGUCCACGCGAUCUCGAGACACUGCAAUGUCUGCUGCUGAUUGGCCUCUGGAUGCUUGAAGCCGGCUGGGACACUCAUGUCGACGACAUUUGGCAUCACAGUCGCUACAUCAUGUCUGUAGCCAUCGAGCUUGGCAUACAUCGCCGAGUUCCCGGAUGGGACGUCAGCCAAGACGACUUGGAAACACGCAACCGGGUUUGGUGGUGUACCUAUAACCUGGAGCGCUGCGUGGCCGUCAUCAAUGGCCGGGUGCUCUCAAUCCGCGAACAUGCCAUUGACGCCCCCCAGCCAACUACAGUGGGAGAUGACAGGCUAAUGCCAGCCGAGGCGCACUUUGCGCCGGCCUAUUCCAGAGUCGGAUCCGAAUUAUUUCUCUUGGCCAUCCGACUCAGGCGCAUCGGUGGGCGCAUCCUGGAGUCUGUCUACAUUGCCAGGGGACCUGACGGGCGAGCGCCCCUGACGUCGUUCAAGCAAAUCUGUGACGAGUUUGACAGCCUACGAAAGAGCCUGGACGGGUGGAAGCAGAGCUUCGACGCACUCGAUAUCAAGGAAACGCGCGAACACUCAGAGCUCAAGAUUGAAUAUUGCCAGUUGCUGCUGAUCAUGCAUCGGCCGUCGCCCACCUUUAUGAUCCCCUCUGCCGAGAUGAUCGGUGUCUGUUCCAAAGCCGUAUCCAGUAUAGUGCGCCACUGGCGGAAACUUCUAUCCCAAUAUGGGGUUUCGGCAGUGUCCAGAUGCUCUCGCCAGCUGCAUUCCAUGUUGAUGGUCGGCCUCGCAGGCCUCUAUUGCGACUGGCAGUCGACAAAAGUGCUAAGCGCACGAUCAAACUUACUGUAUCGCCAUGGGACUGAUGUGGACAUGUGCGUCGACCUCAUAGAGCGGAGCCUUGCCCAGCUACGACCAUUGGACAAGUCCUUCGUGAGGUGUCGAGAUUUGCUGCAAGCGGCGAGAUCCAGAGUCUAUGGGGCAAACCUCAACACUGUGCUUAACGCGCAUCCGGAGCCGCCAGAGCCAGACAUGGGCCCAGACACUGGCCUUUCCAACCUCUCUGAGCCGCUUGGUUUCUAUGCCGGCGGUCCGGAUAGUAGCCUCAACCCUGGCCACGGCAUGGAGUCUUAUUUCAAUCAGAUCUCUGGCUAUUUCGACAGCACACUCGUAGGGCUCGACGAGAAUCUGACGAUCUGGCAUGACGCGUUCUUAGACGAGAUACGAACAAAUAGGCUUGCAGGAGACUGA